AAACCUUUGAAGCUUUUCUUUAGCUGGUCGGCGAUAAAUCUGCCUUCGGUCUCCUUGCAACGACAUCGCUUCCCACACCCAUCGCGAGUCGACAGACCGGUAUUGAGACAACAUGCAACCUAUCAUAAGCCGUGCUGUGUGUCGGUCAGCGGCCGGCGCAAAGCCCCUGCUCAGCUUGAGGAGCGCAACAAGAUGUGCUACCGCUGUUCUUCGCUCCAGCUCGCGGGUGCCUACGCCAAAUGGCAGAGCAUACAGCAUUGCAACCGUGGCCACUUCCCGUCGUCUACGAAGGGCUGUUACCUCCGAGCUGCACUUCAGCAAUGCCCGCCGAGGCUAUGCAUCUGACUCAUACCCACCUCAUACGAUUCUGAACAUGCCUGCACUUUCACCCACUAUGACUGCUGGAAACCUGGGACAGUGGCACAAGAAGAUUGGGGACGAGAUUCAGCCUGGGGAUGUUCUCGUGGAGGUCGAGACCGACAAGGCCACCAUGGACUUUGAAUGUCAAGACGAGGGUUUCCUCGCAAAGAUCUUCAUCGAUGCUGGCACAAAGGAUGUCGAUGUGAACAAGCCGAUCGCUAUCCUUGUGGAGAACAAGGACGAUGUUGGCAAGUUUACUGAGUACAAGCUUGAGGAGAGCUCUGAUGCCCCAGGGGAGCCAAAGAAGGUGGAAAGCCCGCCAAAGAAGGAGGCCAAGGACGAGCAGAAGGAGGUGAAGAGGGAAACGAAGGAGGAGAGCGCUCCCGCGACUGCUCCAAGUUCGAAACCUGCCAGCUCUGGUGAUCGUAUCUUCGCCAGUCCACUCGCAAAACAACUGGCAGCCGAGAAGGGGAUAGAUCUUGGCAGCAUCCAGGGAACCGGACCUAACGGACGCAUCGUCAAGGAUGACGUGCUGAACUUCAAACCUUCCGCUGCAACGAAGCCUGGUGCGGCAUCGCCUACGUCCGCCCCUGCUGCUCCUGCUCCCGGGGCCAGCUACGUUGACAUCCCUCUCUCGAACGUUCGCAAGGUCAUCGCCUCUCGCCUCCAGGAAUCGAAGCAACAAAUCCCCCACUACUACCUGACACAAGAAAUCAACGUGGACAAGAUUCUGAGGCUUCGUGAGCUGUUGAACAGCCAGGCCAACGGAAAGUACAAGCUUUCCGUGAAUGACUUUGUCAUCAAGGCUUCUGCCUUGGCGUUGAAGGCUGUCCCAGAAGUUAACAGCUCGUGGCAAGGAACAUCUAUCCGACAAUUCACCAACGCCGACAUUGCUGUUGCCGUUGCUACUGAAACCGGUUUGAUCACGCCUAUUGUCCACAGAGCCGAGGGCGUCGGGCUAUCCCACAUUUCCGCAAAGGUGAAGGCCCUGGCCGAGAAGGCACGCGCCAACAAACUGCAGCCCAACGAAUACCAGGGCGGAACAUUCACCAUCUCCAACCUGGGCAUGUACGGCAUCUCGCACUUCACCGCGAUCAUCAACCCACCACAUGCCGCUAUCCUGGCCGUCGGCGGUGCCCAGGACAAACUGGUUCUUGAUGACACCACCGAGAAGGGUUUCAGGACCUCUAAGGUCAUGAACGUGACGCUCAGCUGUGAUCACCGUGUCGUCGACGGCGCCGUUGGCGCCAAAUGGUUGGGUGUUUUCAAGAGCUACCUGGAGAACCCGUUAACCAUGCUGCUCUAGAGCACUGGGCACCUCGUUUCAUCGUGGUUUGAUAUCCCAUCCAUUCCAUGUGUACAUUUGUUCCUUUCCGAUCGCUUCUCAUGCCAUCUUUCUGUUACGCUCUGCAUGAUACAUAUCCCAAUUACACAGUUCUACAGACCUUGAAAUACGUAUAAGAUAUGUGCGGAACAGCCAGCCGUCAAUGUCCGCGGGUCCCGCACCCACCGACUACCCCAACUUUGAAGGGUUUC